AUGGCCCCCGGCGACGCUUUCCUCGACGCCUUCCACGACGCCUGUUUCGAGGGCAACCUCCCACAGACCCAAGCCGCCCUCGCAAGCGGGCGCCUCAACCCCCCGGACCUCGACGAGGCCCUGAACCUCGCCUCCGGCGAAGCGCAUGCAGACAUCGUAAGCGCCCUCUUCGCCGCCGGUGCACGCAUCACGCCCGAUUCCGCGAGCUUCCUCACCGGAAAAUCCGGCCAUCAGCACCCGACCAUCGUCCGCUUCCUAAAAGACCCCGCCUGCGUACGCGAAUUACUCUCGCGAGGCGCGGACCCCAAUCGCUGCGGCCCGCGGGGCGUAACGCCCCUCGCCGGCGCGCUGGAGUAUGUCUCCGAAGACGACACAUCUCUCUUCGAGCUCCUCCUCGAAUACGGGGCGAAGCUGGAGGCGAGUCUCUUCGUUGAGGCCAUGCGUCCGCGUGGGGAAGGCGUAUUCAAGACUCGGUUCCUUCUGGGUAAGGGACUUGAUCCCAAUAUUACCUCCGCGGAAUGGGGCACGCCGUUGCAUCGGGCUGUCUAUCUCGCAAAGGGGAGAGUUGUGGAAUUACUGCUAGAGGCUGGCGCUGAUCCCACGGCCCGGGUGGAGUGCAGGCAGUUUGGGGACCGGAGUCCCGUGGGAGUUGCGGAGGCGAGAGGGCAGAGGGACCCGGCACUGCAGGUUCCGCUUCAGAACAUUAUCGAGCUCCUCCGGUCUCACCCGCGGUGA